CGUUUUGUCUCUCUUUCCCCACCCCCCUCUCUUUCUCUCUCUGACUGAAGGUUAUUUUAGUCUUUGUCCGUCUCAGGAGGCUGUUUGAGUGGUUUGCUACCUGAUUAAAAUAAUGAUUAUCUUAAUUGAACCAAUUUGGCCUCGGACUCCACCACGGCUGCUGAUAGGAAGGGAAGAGGGGGAGCUUUAAAAAAAACAUCACUCACUGUGCUCCACCCUCAGAAUGCUUCCAUGUGUUGUUGAAUGGUAGAAAUGUGCUUAUUUUUGUCAUGUGGGUAGGAAAAAGCCCCUCAGGUGUGACAUGACAUCUCCAGUGGAUGUGGAGUUAACAUUGUUACAUCACACCAGAUGACAAAACCCAUUGUUGUUCAUGGCAUCUCAACACCCUGUCUGUUUCUCUGGGGAGAGAUGACUGGAUCUGCCCUCUGUGCCCUCUACUGAAGGCAUGGCCGAGCAACAGUGAAAGUAGAUCAUCAGAUGCAGUGGACCAUGGGAUUAGAUCCUGCAAGAGCACAGCUGCCUAAAACAUGUGCUGCCAUAAUGGCCAUCAGGAAAGGGCAUCUGGGACCGCAACACACAAACGACUGAUGAGGUCAUUUACAGGAAUGGAGAACUUGGAAAACAGAUCAAAUUGAUUCAUUUCUUGGUUCUGUCAGUUUAAUCUCUGAAUAAGAUGUAUAUUAUUACAUUUAUUGUGGGUCUACUUAAUCGUGUGAAAACAGUUACGUUUACUUACUAAUACAUAUACUGAUAAGUAUGGUAGGUAUACUGCAAUAACCUCACGCUCCUGUUAAUGUAUAGAACUACAAAUAUUCUGUCCUCUUCUGAUGACAUUGAUCAUUACGUCAUAAAAUACGGACGCAAAUAUCAUAAACAUUGAACAUUUGUACAUUGUGUUGCAAAGUCCAUGGUUUGUGUUGUAGUGUAGCAGUUUACGCACGUGUUUUCAUUUGGAACUUGCAAUAAAGUUUCUUGUGACGUGAGAAUGUUACAAGCCUAUUGUAUCUUUAUUACCCAUUGACGACAAUUUACCAUUUCCGCGUGCAAGUUCAUAUGAUCAAAGUGAGAAAUCGUGUCAAAGAUAAGUCUGACGUUGAGGCAACAUGGCACUGGUACUAAUGGAGGAAUUCGGUGAGGUACCGGGAGAAGGACGUGUACAGAAAUGGAUUCUGAAAUCGUCUAACAUCACAGUGGAAAUCAUAACACUAGGGUGCAUCAUAACAGCCAUCAAGUGUAAAGGCAAGAAUGGAGAGGUCAAUGACAUCGUUCUGGGUUAUGAUGAUCUUGAGGGCUAUCUGGCCAACCCCAAGUACUUUGGUGCUGUUAUCGGCCGGGUAGCCAAUAGGAUCGCCAAGGGCAGAUUUGUGGUCGACGGGAAGGAUUAUCAACUGGCCAUCAAUAAUGGACCUAACUCCCUCCAUGGAGGACUGAGGGGCUUCAGCAAGGUGAUAUGGGGAAGUGAGGGUGUGGAGGGCGGGGUGCGGCUCACCCUCAACAGCCCAGACGGAGACCAGAAUUACCCCGGGGAGGUGCAGGCCUCUGUCACUUACACCCUGGAGGGGGACACACUGAGCAUCCAGUACCAGGCCCGCUCCACUAGAACCACCCCCAUUAACCUCACCAACCACUCUUACUUCAACCUGGCUGGACAGGGCUCAGCUGACAUAUACGACCAUGAAGUGUCCAUCAACGCUCCAACAUACUUGCCUGUAGAUGACGUCAUGAUCCCCACUGGCGAGGUCAGACCAGUGGAGCACACACCCUUUGACCUUCGGAGGCCAGUUCUGAUUGGACCACGGCUGAAAGAAGUGCCUGGGCCUGGGUUCGACCACAACUUCUGCCUGUCAUCACCUGGAGAUGCUUGGACAGAGCGCAUGUGUGCAAGGGUAUUUCACCCAGCGAGUGGGUGUGUUAUGGAGGUCAGCACCACUCAGCCCGGCGUCCAGUUCUACACAGCCAACUUCUUGGAUGGCUCUUUUAAAGGAAAGGGUGGGGCCUCUUAUCCUAAACACAGUGCCUUCUGCCUGGAGACACAGAACUGGCCUGACGCUGUCAACCAGGCCUCUUUCCCCGAUGCUCUGCUGAGACCAGGGGAGCAGUACCGCCACGUCACCCGCUUCACCUUCUCCACCGCCUGACAGAGAGGAGGGGGGUGGGGAAUCAGGGGUCAGCAUCAAGCAGGGAGCGACCAAUCAGAAUCCCAGCCACUGAUCAGAGCUGAUCCUUUGCUGAUGAAAGGAUGGAGCAACACGGAACAGGAGUUGUUUACACUCAAAUCAGAAGGUUGAUUUUGUAGUAUUCAAGAACCAAUCUGAGAUGGACAGGUAAUGAUUUUGAAAUUAAAAUGAUGAUGAUGAUACCAUGAUUAGAGGUGAUGAGUUCAUAAAGACACACAAGUACUGUACCAAUUUGACUCUCAAUAUCCUCCACAUUGCUUUGUUCCCCUCUUUACAGCUGGACUUUUACUGCAUUAAACAUUGUAAUAUCCACUACCAUUUGAAGUUGGCUUUGGGCCCUGUUCAAAUUAGGCUUUAAACUUACAUAAAUAGUACAGUACAUGCAUAAGUAAAUUAGUUUCCACUUUCCUUUGUUGUUGGGUAGACAGGGUCUCUUUUGCUCCAUUACUCUUACAGUUGUGGCCCAAGAUAUUGUCACCCUUGGACUUUUUCUCCCUAUUUCUUAUCAAAUCAUUUUACAUUUAGAAUAACUUUUGAUAACUGCCAACAAAUGCUUAUUGUAGCCAUCAAUGAGCUUGCUGCACCUUUCUACUGGCAAUUUGGCCCAAUCUUCAGCAGAAAACUGUUCUAAUUCUUCAAUGUUUGAGGGAUGCCCUCCACCAACUGCUGUUUUCAGCUCUCGCCAUAGGUUAUGGAUGUGAUUCAGACCUCAUCUCUUCGCUGGCCACUCUAGAACAGACCAGUGUUUCUUCUUAAACCAUGCCAUGGUGUUGUUGAUGUGUGUUUAGGGCCGUUGUCCUUCUGGAAGACCCACAACCUUCAACGGAGUAUGUUUUUGGACCCUGGGUCGAACAUUGGUAGUCUGCUGAUUUCAUGAUACUGUGUCUUGCACACAUUCGAGGCCCCCAGUACCGGAGACAGCAAAGCAACCCCACAGCACUAUCAAACCUCCCCAAUGUUUGAUUGUAGGGAGGGUGUUAUUUUCUUUGUAAGCUUCAUUUGGUCAUAGGUAAAAAUAGGAAGACUAAAAUGCUGAAGGAGACACAAGAUAGCCUGAUUGAAUUUCUCAAAAACCCAUCUCAACAAGCCUUAAUCUUGUGGGAAAUGUUCUGUGGACAAAUGAAACAAAAUUAAAGCUCUUUUGGCAAUACAGAUCAGUGCUGUGUUUAUUGGCGACCAAAUUAAGCAUUCAAUGAAAAGAGCACAAUUAAAGAUGAGGGUGGUUUGAUAAUGCUGUGGGUUUGCUUUGCUGCCUCUGAUACUGGGGCCUUGAAAGUGAGCAUGGCAUCAUGAAAUCAGCAGAUUAUCAGGUGUUUGAGUCCAAUGUUCAACCCAGCGUCCAAAAACUGAAGAUUGGGCCAAAUUGCCAGUAGAAAGGUGCAACAAGCUCAUUGAUGGCUACAAUAAGCAUUUGUUGGCAGUUAUCUUGGCCAAAGGCAGUGCAACCAAGUACUGGCUCCAGGGUGGCAAUAAUUUGUCCAUGCCAUUUGUCUUUAUUUUCUAAAUUAAUUUGAAACUUAAGUUAGCAAAAAUAAAUGUGAAAAUCCAAUAAGGUGUGGUGACAGUUUUAUUUAAAUAUAAUUUAUUUGAAAAGAAAUAGAGAAUUAUUUAGGAAAAGUGCAAGGGUGACAAUCUAUUUGGCAGCUACUGUAUGUAUUCAACUCCCUGGAAUGUAUUAAUUGUGUAUCUCAUUGGUAUUCACUGGAGUGAUCUUUGAUUAUGGGAGGCAAUAUUGGACUAUAUUACCUCUUCUACCUUGACGUACAGAGCCUUCAGAAAGUAUUCACAAACCUUGACUUUUUACGCUUUUUGUUGCGUUACUGCCUGAAUUUAACAUGGAUUAAAUUGAGAUGUUGUGUCACUGGCCUAUACAAUACCGCAUAAUGUCAGUGGAAUUAUGUUUGUAGAAAGUUUUCCAAAUUAAUAAAAAAUGAAAGCUGAAAUAUCUUGAGUCAACAAGUGUCCAACUCCUUUAUGGCAAGCCUAAAUAAGUAUGUGAGUCAAAAUGUGCUUAAUAAGUUUCAUGGACUCACUUGUGUGCAAUAAGUGUUUAACAAGAUUUUUGAAUGACUACCUCAUCUUUGUACCACAAACACAGAUAAUGUUAAGGUCCCUCAGUUGAGAAUUUAAUUUAAAACACAGGUUCAACCACAAAGACCAGGGAGGUUUUCCAAGGCCUCGCAAAUAAGGGAACCUAUUGGUAGAUGGGUAAAAAAUUUAACAUCUUAGUUACUCCACAAUAGGAGCCUAAAUGACAGUGAAACUAAGGAAGCCUGUACAGAAUAAAAAUAUUCCAAAACAUGCAUCCCGUUUGCAAUAAGGGACUAAAGUAAAACUUCAAAAAAUGUGGCAAUUUGUUUUUUAACUUGAUGUCCUGAAUACAAAGGGUUAUAUUUGGGGUAAAUUCAACACAACACGUUGACAGCUGUGCCAUACAGAUUGCAAAAUAGUUGGGAAGAGAUUUUUGAUGAACCAAUUACAUGGUACAGGUAGUAUCCGUUGAUAUAUAAAACGACACAAGAUUCAAGACUUUGCUUUACAGCUAAAAUUAUUGUACAGAAUUAUUGCCACCAACAAAAUGUUGAAUAUUUGUGGCAUACAAUUAUCGCAGCUCUGCAGAUUUUGUUGUGAGGAUACAGAAUCAAUAGACCAUUUGUUUUGGUAUUGCCCUCAGCCUGUUUCUGGUCUCAGGUUCAGGAAUGGCUGAAAAUGAAUAACAUUGAUCUAAAAUUAACUGUAGAAAUAGUAUUGUUGGGAGAUCUGGAGAGACCGGGCCAGUCAAUUACUAAUAUACUAAUACUCUUAGUGAAAGUAUUUAUCUUUAACUUGCAAUCUGUGGACUCUAUUAAAUUAGAUUCAAAUUGUAUGUUAAACAUCAUAGCAUAGUUGAAAUAUAUGUGGUGCGAAGAAAUCUGAAGAGGGUGGCCAGCAGAGAUAUAGAUGGGAUGGGCUGAGAGAAGCUGAGGGUUGGGAUGUGGAAUUGGAGACAAGUGGGAGUGGAGUUGCUGGGCGGGGGAUAGAAUGACGGUCAAAGAUAAAAGUGAAAAUAUAAAGUCAAAAUAAAACAUAACAAAAAGUAUGUUUGAAUGACACUGAGGGGCAGUAUUGUUAGAGUUAAUGCCUGUUUGCCCGAGGCUGAUACCUUGCAGGUGUUUGUACACAUGCAUAUACACACACACUCAUUCAAAUGCAAACAUGUGCACACGUAAAUCGUGCCACAAAUGCACUCAAACAUAUUCAGUUGGCCUUGCUGUUAUGAUUUUUGUUGUCCUCUGGUUUUUGCAUUGUUGACACUGGUUUCAUCUGUGGGUCGCUCUGGAUGGGACACUGUUGAUGUCUAAUGUGAUGUAUAUAUUGAGUGGCUUCACUGCAAGUAGAUUUGUAUGUUUUAUAUAUUCAAUAAAAUAAAAUAAACACUGAGUGUCACUGAGUACCGCUCUUCUUAUUUUCAAGCGUGUUGGCUGCAUCAUGUUAUGAGUAUGCUUGUCAUCGACAAGGACUAGGACUUUAAAAAAAUAUAUAUUAUAAAGAUACGAAAUAAAUAUUAUAAUUUUUCUUCCACUUUGACAUUACAGUGUAUUUUGUGUAGAUCAUUUACAAAAAAUUAUAAUUAAAUACAUUUUAAUCCUAACUUGUAACACAGCAAAAUGUGAAACAAGUCAAGGGUGUGAAUAUUUUCUGAAGGCACGUUCUAGUAAAUGAACAAUCAGGUUUGUGGGAGCGUUAUGACUUCUCCUUUUAGUCCAGAGACCAGUAAGUACUGUUUUUGGGCAAUAUAACUAGAAUACACUUCUAAGCAUUGGUAUAACCAGUGUGUAGGGGUCCAUAUAAUCAAUGGAUGGUAAAUCAGGUUGCAGUUCCACAAACUUCUUAACUGAAUGAUUCUGAAUGAAUCCAUAUCAAACUACUGUUGGGAGUCUGCAGAGAAUUAUACGUUUUGUGUUUUGUUCCUCUGAAUGGCAGUACUUGUCUAGUCCAGGGCUCUCCAACCCUGUUCCUGGAGAGCUAGGUUUUCGCUCCAACCCAAGUUGUAACUAACAGCAUUCAGUUUAUCAACCAGCUAAUUAUUAGAAUAAUGUGUGAUGAUAAGGGUUGGAGUGAACCUAUAGGACGGUAGCUCUCGAGGAACAGGGUUGGAGAGCCCUAAUGUAGUCUCUCUUCCCCAGUCACUGUCUGGCAAGAGAGACCGUUUAUCCAAUUUUUAAAAACUCAAUUUGAUAUACUGUAGAUAGCAAUGUUUGUAUAUAUUUGUCUAAUUUCUAGAACUACAAUUUAACAUUCACUUGCUACAAUCUUUUAAUUGGAGUUCUUCAUUGUCAGAGCAGAAAACAUGAAUUAUUCCUCGUUCAACUGGAAAACAUUAAAUAUCACCACGGCA